GCAGUUUCUGUCUAUUUUCCAUCGAACGAACAACGACAGCGAUAUCUCAUGGCCCAACAGAGGAGCGUAGAGGAGCUACAGAAGCUCCUGGACGAGGCUUUGCAGCGCGCCGAAGAAGCAGAGAUAGGACGACAGGCAGAGCGACAACGCGCCGAGGACGAGCGACAACGCGCCGAGGCUUCGGAGGAACAAACACGAUUUACAACACUACACGAAUACAUCGCAGCCUGCCAUGCAUCUGUUUUCUCCCGGUUUGUCAUCGAAACUGAUCCAAAAUUGACCUCGAGGGGCUCCAUCACAAAUCCCCGUGACAAGUGGUGUCCUGCAAAUCUGCGGCCAUGGUCCGACUUCAUUGAUCAACAGAAGCUCACUUUCGGUACACUCUACGAUUCCUUUCCUACCGACCGCCGCGUUUUCGAGAACCGAAAUUUCCUGGACGUCUUGGGCAACAGGGUCUCUCAACGGCCGAUAGCAGACGAGAAGACGCUCGAAUAUUUCCUGCAUAAUAGCGUGGAGGAUCCGGUCAGGGCCAUCAUUCAUCAACUCAAAAUGGUGGAAGAGGUCAGCAGGGCAUUUCAGAUUGGAGAUGGUGUUGUCUUUGACAACCAUCCCUAUGCCCUCAGCGAUGUCGCCGAAGAAGUCGUCGAUAGGGAGACCCAGUCGACGCGACCACGGACACCAGACCACCGAGGUGAUCUCAAUCAGCUGCGACCGGAUCAAAUAUGCGUGUAUCGAUCCGACAAUGCCCUGUCUUCCCUGCGCACUAUGGUGUACAUAUCCGAAUAUAAGCCGCCCCACAAGCUAACGGCGCCACAUCUUCGUCUCGGACUCCGCGCUAUGGACAUCUACAAGGAAGUUGUAAAUCGAAAGACGAUUCCAACUUCUGCAGACCCCGACGCGCGUUUCCAGUAUCACGCGGAGAGGCUGACGGCAUCUGCAAUCACGCAGACCGGAACCUGGUCCGGAGUCUCAGCCCAUCCAAACAACCUGCCAAUCUGUACGGCUGUCGGUCAAUAUCUGGCGUUCACCCUCAUGGCUCUUGGUUCGCCUGGACAACAACGGACGCAUGGGCAGGAGGAACGUCGGAGAGCGAUGGAGCACUUGAAGACGUGGGCUGAGGACUUCGAAACGACAUUGCGUUCCAUCCCGGAAAAUGAACGAUCGGCAUCAUCGGACGACUCACCUGGUUAUGAACCUACCACCUACAAAGGCGUUGAUCGGUCACCGGCCUUGCCCCGCAGAAGGAGACGUCGAGGUGCUGAGACUCAGGUUGGCGAGAAGUCGCUGACGAAGGACAAUAGGCGGGAACCAUCUGAUGACGAGUCGGCACCCAAGCCACCGGACACGCCUACGCCCAGCGGACGAAAUGCAAGACCAGGAACUAGGCGGAGUCAGCGGCUGGCGCCACGGCCGCGCGGAGGAGGCGGCGAGCAGGAUCGGCAGUACUGUACGCAGAAAUGCCUUCUCGCGAUGGUCAGAGGUGGUUUUCUCGACUUACAUUGCCCGAACGUGGCACUUCACCACAAGAGCUGUGUCUCCGCCCGCGCACGUCAUCCUGUCGAUCAUGUGGAAUGGCUUCGCCUACUGCGGAAGCAGCUAGAACAGUCUCUUGACGACGGGAUCAAGCCAUUAGGGGAGGGUGGCGCACGGGGCGUGCUUUUUCAAGUGACUUUACUUGCCCACGGCUACACCUUUGUCAGCAAGGGCACCGUGCCGGCUUUCAUCACAGAUCUCGAGCACGAGGCUUCGGUUUACGACCGUCUCAAGUCUAUUCAAGGCGCCAACGUGCCUGUAUUCCUGGGUGCUAUCGACCUCCGAUCGAUGAACAAGACUUACUACUACGACCAUCGGGUCUACGUGGUGCAUAUGACAUUUUUGUCAUGGGGAGGUUGCAGCAUCGGCAAAACAGAGAAAGUGGGCGACACAAACAAGUCGCUCGAAAGUGAGGCCAUUCAAUCCCUGAGAGCCUUGCAUCGAGAGGGGGUGAUCCACAAGGAUGUGCGACUUGCGAACAUGUUGUUCAACCCUGAGACCAAUAGGGUUAUGUUCAUCGACUUUGAACGGGCCUUGCUACUCAAGCCGCCCCGGCGUCCGUUGGCGCAGCUGGUGCCAAACAAGCGAGCGUGGAAGUCUGAGAUGAUGAUGGAUGUCAACAAGGCGACUGAUGAUUCAAGCAGACAGAUUGGGUCAAGUCAAAGUUUUUCAGAGGAUAUUUCAAUGGCAAAGAUGGCUUUCUUUGCAUGA